AUGCGUAUAAAAGACAAUAUCGAAAGUGCAGCUGGGUGGGGCCCAUCCAAUACAUCCGUCGCUUCAAUCCUUCCCGACUCAGCCACUUCGAUCCCUGCCCUGCCUCUUCGAACCCUCCCCCACAACCUCCGCUUCGAUCCCUCCUCCGCCUCUUCGAUCCGCCUCUUCGAUCCUUCCUCCGCCCCUUCGAUCUCUCUCUACGCUUCAUCAUACCUUUUCUCGCGCGCCCCUCUCUCCGCCUUCUUCCCCUGUCACCCCGCAGGGCGCGGAGGUCCUGCAGAUCCACGCCGAACUCUCUCAUAUCUCUUUCCAAUCUGCAAGGACCUUCUUCUCCUCCUCCCCCUCGCCGUCACGCGAUCGAUCGGAGGAGCUCGCAGGCCCCCGCGCCCUCUCCGGAGCGCUCGCGCCCUGUUCGACGAAAUGCCGCGGCGAUUGCAGGGCGCUUCGCGGGCAUCGGAGAGGUGGGGUGCGGCGCUGGGGAUGGUGAUUUGGGGUCCCAAAGAAGUCCAGACAAAAGUAAACAGGGGGGGAAGAACUGUAGUUCGGUCGUGUGCAGUUUAUAGCAAUGUUUUGUCUGUUGUGGGUUACUUUGCUUUCACCUGAAUGUGAUAAGAAUUUGACUCUUCUAUUCCCCGAGACUUUGUCUUCCGCGUUUUCCUCCCGUGCGAUGAUGACCUUCCCAAUAUCAGAUAGUCGCGAUAAUUGAGAAAGGCCUGCGCUUUCUUGAUUGGUAAUGAGAGCACUUUGGAUGGCUUAGUUCUUAAGCAACCAGUUGUUCUCAUUUGUGCUAAGAAUGGUUUCGGCGUGCGCAUGGUUUCUAGCUCGGUCGGCACUAUUAAUCAGGAAGGCUUCGCUGCCAAUCUGAUAAUGCUUGAUAACUAGGGGUGUCUGAGCAAAAAUUAUUUAUUUAUUU